AUGGCAGCAGUACCUAACAAGCCAGCAUUGCAUCCGCUGACUUCGGAUGACCGCGGCUCCCUCAUCAUCAUCAUCGCGUACUCGUGGAUCUUCAUCACUGUCCUAGCCGCGGGCAUUCGAUUUGGUCUUGCUUGGAGCAAUCGAUUGCACUUGAAAAAAGACGAUGGCACUUUUGCGCUCGGUGUGGUGUUGGCUGUAGCUUCAUCUGUAUGCUUCCACAUCGCUAGCAACAAUGGCCUGGGCAAGAAGAUGGCCAAAGUCCCUUUAGAUGAUUUGGACGUCUACUACAAGGCAACGUACGCCGGCGAGAUACUCGGCCUGGCCGCCCAAUAUUGGGCCAAAGCGUCGUUCUUGCAAUUGUGCGAGCGAGUUGCACCUCGCAAACAAAAGCAUUAUAACAUCGUCUUCGGGAUGGUAACCUUCUGGGGUGUCUUCUCGAUACUCGCAAUUGCAUUGCAAUGCGGCCUUCCGGAUCCCUGGGUCUUCAAUCCUGAGGACUGUCCGACGAAAGGCAUGAUGUACUAUCCGGUAAUCAUCAUGAACAUCAUCACCGAUCUCAUAUUGGGGACCUGGAUUCUUCCUACGCUCUGGAAAUUGUUGAUGGACCAAGAUCGACGCAUCCUAGUCGUGAUGCUGUUUGGCUCACGCAUAAUCGUUGCUUGUGUUGCCGCUGCACAGCUCAAUUCAGUUGCACGGCACAUACUGGAUCCCGACGUGACUUACCAGUCCUUCGGCCGUGUUUUGUGGGCCCUCUGCGUCACACAUCUUUCCGUUCUCCAAUCUACAAUACCUCGGACCAAACGUUUCAUCGCAGCUCUUAACAUGCGAACGCAUGCCACUGUCCGCCUCACAGCAUUCGAACUCCAACUCCCAACCGAUCCUACCACCCUAACAAUCCCGGGAAAAGGCUUAGAUACCUUCGACAGCUCUGAAGCAACGACCUCGCGCCCUGACGAAGCCCACACCCGCUCCCGCUCUCCAACCCGCAAACGCUCCGACUCCGACCGCCGCUCUUCCUCGCACUCGCCCACACGCAGCAUGCAAUCAGAAAGGCCCCUGGUCCCUCUGCAACUCACGCCCAGCGCCGAGCUCUACUUCAAGACCGAGAUCGUUGCGCAGCCCGACCCCGCCGCCAAGGACGCUGGCCGCACGUCAAAAAAGUACGACAACAAAGACUGGAAGAAGUACAUCCGGCGCAGCAGGAACGAGGAUGAUAUGGCCUUGUCCAGUAUGUUUAGCUGGAAGAGUAGGACGAGCACGCGGAUCGUGCAGACGAAGGAAGUGACGCAAGAGGUCGAGCUCGUGCACCAGCCGAAGGAAUCGCGAUGGAAUUUCAGGCGGCAGAGCGAAGUGUCGAAGCGAAAUAGUGCAAGUGGGGUGGGGCAAGUUGAUGGCCAGGGCCAGGGCCAGAGCUGA